UGGGCGUAAACAAUCGAGUCUAUAAUGCCCGUUGUCACUGCAAAAAAAAAAACACUCUCCAUUUUUCCAACAUGCUUGCCUAUAUUUUAUACACCGCAUUGUCAGGCUUGGCCAUUGUUCCCUUCUUUCUUUACUGGAGAAAUCCUUACAUUUUGCACGAUCUGCGUUAUGCAAUCAUCGGCAUUAAAAUCUCCACCCUGCUCUCCAAAUUCACCUCGAGGAAACCCUUCUACAGCAUUCUCGACCGUUUCUUGGACAAUGUGGCCAAACAGCCGCACAAGAAGUUCAUCGUGUUCGAGGAGAACUGCUACACGUACAAGCAAGCCGACCAGGAGAGCAACCGUGUGGCCGCGGCACUUUCCAGUUUUCUGAAGCCAGGCGACACGGCGGCCGUGUUUGUGGGCAACGAGCCACUUUUCGUAUGGCUCUGGCUCGGCCUGGCCAAGCUGGGAUGUACUGCUGCUCUUCUUAACUACAACAUACGCUCCAAGUCACUACUGCACUGCUUCUCGUGCUGUGACGCCAAGGUUCUGCUCGCAGUGGCUGAACUACGAGAGGCUGUCGAAGAGGUGUUACCCAGCCUGAAGGAACAGGGGGUCCGCGUUUUCAUCCUCGGUGAAGGCGACGAGUCAGAGGGCAUUGAGUGUCUGUCGGACAAAAUUCGUCAGGCCUCCGACCAGCCUGCUUCACCUCAUUUGAGGGCUGACGUUAACCUCAAGAGCCCUGCGUUGUAUAUUUACACCUCAGGGACCACAGGUCUUCCCAAGGCAGCAGUAAUUAAUCACGAGAGGAUAUGGAUGGCAAGCUUUCUGCAAUCAUUUGCUGGCGUACGCUCAGAUGACAUCAUCUACAUCUACCUGCCUCUUUACCACAGUUCUGGCUUUCUCAUGGGAUUGUGCGGAGCCAUAGAAAAAGGUAUUACCGUUGUAUUAAAACGUAAAUUCUCUGCAUCGAGUUUCUGGAAUGACUGCAGGAAGUACAAUAUUACCGUAAUUCAGUAUAUAGGAGAGAUCAUGCGAUACCUCUGCAACACACCACAGAGUGACAAUGACAAGCAUCAUAAAGUAAGAGUUGCAAUGGGAAACGGGAUCCGAUCAGAUACCUGGGCCGACUUUCUGCAAAGGUUUGGGAAUAUUUGCAUUUGUGAGUGCUACGGAGCCACCGAAGGAAAUGUUGGCUUUGUCAACUACAUCGGGAAAAUUGGAGCCAUUGGAAAAGAGAAUUUCCUUCACAAAAUUGGAUGUCCCUAUGCCCUCAUAAGGUACGACACAGAGAAAGAGGAGCCAGUCAGAGACUCCAGAGGGUUUUGCAUUGAAGUGCCCAGAGGCGAAACAGGUCUGUUGGUGUCCAAAAUUGGAGUGAGAACCCCAUUCUCGGGCUAUGCCAAGAACAAGCAGCAGACUGAAAAGAAGAAGCUGAAGGAUGUGUUUGUGAAAGGAGACAUGUACUUUAACAGCGGGGAUCUGCUAAGGAUAGAUAACGAGGGGUUUAUUUACUUUCAAGACCGCAUCGGAGACACUUUCAGAUGGAAAGGAGAAAAUGUAGCAACCACCGAAAUAGCUGAUCAUUUGCUCAUGCUGGAAUGCAUUGAAGAGGUUAAUGUCUACGGUGUGAAGGUGCCAGGACACGAGGGAAGAAUUGGAAUGGCAGCACUGACCCUGAAAGAAAACAUGGACUUUGAUGGCAAAGCUGUGUAUCACCAUGUCAAAAGCUACCUUCCAAGUUACGCGAGACCACGCUUUAUCCGCAUUCAGAAUGCGCUGCAGGUGACUGGGACAUACAAGCAGAUGAAAGUCAAGCUGGCUGAAGAGGGCUUUAACCCUGAGGCCAUUCAGGAUCGUUUGCUUUUCCUGGAGGACAAUCAAGGUUACGUCCCCAUGACCCAGCAGAUAUUCAACUCCAUAGCAGAGGGAAGAAUCAAACUUUAGUGUCCUUAAAUGAAAUGUAUAGAAUGAGCCACACAGUGAUUGUGAACACAUGCAGCAGAGCAUAUUAAUUCAUUUUAAAGCAUAAAAAACAAUAUGUUUUGUUGUAGUAUAUUUUUCUUGAACAUUUUUAAAUAAGGUACUGUUUGUUUUAGAUAAAAUCUUCUUUUAAAAGAAACUGAUGCUGAGUUUUUAUUUUGAUUUUUUAAUUACGCCAUGUAAUUGCAAAUAUGUACUGUAUUUUCCGCACUAUAAGGCACACCGGAUUAUAAGGCGCACCUUCAAUGAAUGACAUAUUUUAAAACUUUUUCCAUAUAUAAGGCGCACCACAUUAUAAGGUGCAUAGAAUAAACGCUACAGUAGAGGCUGGGGUUAUUUUAUGCAUCCAUUAGACGGUGCUGCGCUAAAGGGAAUGUCAACAAAACAACACAACAGCAAGGUAAAACAUGUAGUGCAACAUUUAUAUCACAUAGUGGAGGGGAACUUUUUUCUUUUCCACAGUCACCCUUUUUGUGUUAGAUGGGUUACAAUUUUUCCACU